CAACGUGUCCCACGAAUCGUCGAGCCGUUCCCCUCCUUUACCUCGCGUUGCCGCCGCCGCCUCUGCGAUUCGAGCGCCGCCGCCCGCCGGCGGUGCAGGAGAAGGAGACGCCCGCACCCCGCUGCCCGCCUCUGCAAUCUCCCUCGCAGUGCAGCAAGACGGCUUCCACCCGCCUCGGCGCCUCCCGGCCCUCCCCUGUAACUUGUGGCGAACAAGAUGGCUUUCUCAUCAGUUUUCAGGAGAGUAAAUGUCGAAGAACUAAUCUCAAAUGUUUCGAUGUACACUAGCGCAACAGAGUCAUCUGGAGCAAUGAGCUUGGUAUUUAGGCGUUGGGCCACCAAAAAGACUGCUGGAUCAACAAAAAAUGGCCGUGAUUCUAACCCCAAGUAUUUGGGUGUUAAGAAGUUUGGUGGAGAGAAAGUGGAACCAGGAAACAUCAUUGUUCGCCAAAGAGGAACCCGGUUUCAUCCUGGAAACUAUGUUGGCAUGGGGAAGGAUCACACUCUCUUUAGUCUGAAGGAAGGCCACGUUCGAUUCGAGUGCCACAAGCUGACUGGCAGGAAGUGGAUCCAUGUUGAUCCUGUAGCUGGGCACGUACUCCACCCUGUCUACGCAAAUGGCUCCACCACCGCAGUUGAUAUGGAGCAACUGUAGUAAUCCUGCAUGAAUUGAAGUAAUAUAAUAGCUUCAUGUGAGUACUUGAGCUUGCCAUGAGCAUUUAUUUUUGCAGGACUUGUUCUGGUACAAAAUCCGACUUCUCAGCUCUAUGUUGAAAUGGUUGCAAUAAGUCUGAACUAUGCACAUUAUUAUGUUCAUUUUUAUCAUUCAUUUGGUCAAAACAUAGUUGCUUUCA